AUGACCGCUUCGUGCUCGACGCACCCACGCUUCAUCGACAACGGUUACGUGCAACUCAUUUCUGUUAUCGGUAACGGCGCCUAUGGUGUCGUCUUCUACGCACUCGACUACCGCUAUGGUCGUCCCAUCAAGCGCGCUGUCAAGCAGCUGCGUCGCUAUGGUAUCGACGAGCGACAGCGCCGCUUCCAGAUGCGCGAAAUCUCGCUCCAUCGUCGUGCGUCGCGCCACCCGUCCAUUGUCCACAUGGACCGUCUGAUCGAGGAGCCCGACUGCGUCUAUGUCGUUAUGGACUAUGGCGAGGAGGGUGACCUGUUUGCCAUGAUCACCGAGAAGCAGCGUUACGCCAGCGACAACGACCUUAUUCGUUCCGUCUUCCUUCAGAUCCUUGACGGUGUAGACUGGCUGCACCAGCUCGGCAUUGCACACCGCGACGUCAAGCCAGAGAACAUUGUGUGUUCUCAGGACGGUACCCGCGUGCGCAUUGUCGACUUUGGCCUCGCCACUUCCGAGUCCACAUCGUCCGAGUUUGGCUGCGGCAGCACCUUUUACAUUGCGCCAGAGUGCCUCGGCGAGUGGUCGGCGUCAGCGACGUCCUACCCCACCCGCACUGCCGACGUCUGGUCCUUGGGUGUCAUCUUGAUCAACCUCGUCUGUGGCCGCAACCCCUGGAGGUGUGCGUCGCCCAACGACGAGUCGUUCGCCGCCUUCUUGCAGGACCCCCUCUUCCUUCGCCGGAUCCUCCCCAUCUCGCACCAAUGCCUCUCCAUCCUCACCCAGAUCUUCACCCUCGACCCCGAGCACCGCAUCACUCUCGAUCGCCUUCGCGAGCUCAUUCUCGACAUUGACUUCUUCACCGACGACGCUCAUGUCCCUACCAGCCGCCGUGAGGCCGCCCACCACCACCACAACGUUCCUGUGCACGUCCCUGCCCACUACACCGACGAGGUUUACGACUCGCCGUCUCCGGACGCCGAGCCCGUCUUCUCGUUUGACGACCCCGAGCUGGACCUCCUCGACGAUGCGCCACCCCCGCAGCUGCGCGCCGACUCCGGCUCUCCGCCACCUCAGCGCUCGAGCUCUGGUUCCAGCGAUGGCCCCUUCCCCCCCACACCACGUCUCGGCAGCUCCGGUACUGCCCCGCGCGUUGCCUCGGACUCGAGCCUCUCUACACCUGUAUUCGAGGUCCUCAGCCAGCGCAAAGGCCAGCCCCUCAGCCCCGUUCCAUUCGCCACGCCCACCAUGUUCCUUUAA